AUGGAAAAAGGUUCUCGUCUCUCCGUUUUAGCUGACAACAUUCUCGCUAGCAUUGUUGAAAGGAACAGAUGCAGAAAAGAGAAUAUUGAAUAUCCUCACGAAGAUGUGAUCAAUAAAAAUUUGGUUAGAUUACAAACUGGAAUCAAAGAGUUAGAACAGGAACUAUCAAGCGCUGAAGAGUCCGGAAUUCACAGCUCUAAGGAUCUUAAAGGAAGAGAGGAUACGCUUAUCAAACUAACCAAAGAAUUUGAGAAAUUGAGUGCCUUAAUGCAGGAUGACAUUUCCACCAGAGAAUUAUUGCUUGGGAUCAAUGCAAUUCCGCAGACCUCUACUGCUAGUAAAUCAAAAACAAAAACGGUAAGAUUUUCGGAUCCGAUAGCCGAAAUUAAUGACAUGGACAAUACUCAAGUUCUCCUACUACAAGAAAGAAUUAUACGUGAACAAGACGAAGAUCUGGAUCGAUUAGAUGCCGCCAUAGGGCGUCAAAGAGAAUUAAGCAUAAUGAUAGGCGAAGAACUAGAUUCGCAUAUAGAACUAUUAACGGACACAGAAGCUAUUGUGAAUCAAACAGAUGGAAAGUUAAAUAAAGCUAAGAGGGGACUCUUAAAGAUAUCAAAAAAAGCCCAAAAAAAUGGUUCAACGUGCCUGGUCGCUUCGUUGGACUCAUCCAUAGACAUUUUGUACACGUUCGCAUUUAUAAUGAACUAUUCGACAAUGUUGAAAAUGUUAUACAACCUGUAA